GAGGAGGAUCAUUUCGUUGGUUGCCGUAGCAAUGCGCAGGCUCCGUGGAAGAGGAGAGGACAACUUGUGCUUAAUGAUCAGAAAACAACACUCGCAGCCUCGGCUGGCUUAGACAAGACGCAGUGGACUGGAUCAGGGAUUUGCUCUGAGCAGCUUGGAAUAGGAGGGGCUCUGUCUACCCAGAGACACAAGGAGAGAUUUUUCUGCAGGAAGUGUGAAUAAGGCGCUGCAGUGUACCACUCAAACAUUGCACUGAUUUAUGAUGUUAAGUUUUCUUUUUUAACCUGGUUUUGGCCAAAGGCAGAGAAUUACAGAAAAGGGCAAAUAUAUUGGGGACAGAACAAGAUUGCUACUACACCGUCCAUCACGUGACUGUGUGAUCGAGAGGGCAUCAGAAUGGAGGCCCCUCUGGUGUGCCUGGAUGAGGAAUUUGAGGAUCUAAGGAUCUGCAAGAUGGAGGAAUAUGAAUCACUGCCCCCCUGCCGGCCUCACAAAACCAUUCCUCUGGUCCCGUUGUGCCGCGAGGACUUCUCAGAGCUGGAGAACUUCUCUGAGAUGAUGAGCUUCAAAUCCAUGGAGGACCUUGUCAACGAGUUUGACGAGAAGCUGAACGUGUGCUUCCACAACUACAACACCAAGACAGAAGGUUUGGCACCCGUACGCAACCAAUCACAUGCUGAGGAAGAUGAAGAGCGACUUCAAGAUGAAGACGUGUGGGAUGCUCUGACUGACAACUACAUCCCCUCUUCUGUAUCCAGCUGGGAUGACCCCACUUCAAAAACACUGAAUGGCAACCUCUCAGAUCAUGAGAUACAUGAAAAAGAAGAGGAUGAGAUGAAUGAGAAAAAUGCUAAUUGUCUGAGUCAAGAGUCCCUUAUUACAGCUGAUCAGGUGAUUGAAGAGAUUGUUGAGAUGAUGGAAAACUCGCCUGAUCCCGGAGAGACAGAGGAAGAGGAGGAGGAUGAUAUUGGUGUCUCCUCUUCUAAAAGUAGCCCUUCCCUACUGGAGGAGAUCCGUAUGUUGUCUCAGGCCUCCAACAGCAACUGCUCUUAUGAAGGUCUGAGGCUGAUGCCAAGUUCAGCACUGCUUGACAUCUUGUGUCGGAUGGAGUCGGCUAUACGCAAGUACUCUGAAGAAUUAGUGGCUCAGCUGGCACGACGGGACGAGCUGGAGUUUGAGAAGGAGGUGAAGAACACCUUCAUUUCAGCUCUAAUGGAGGUCCAGAACAGGCAGAAGGAACAAAGAGACCUCAGCAAGCGCAGACGUAAGGACAAGGCCAUGAGUCUGCAUGGCGCCACUUACUCCGAGAAAACUGGAGGCAUGCCUGUGAAGCGCUUCAGCAUGGAGGGUCUGUCCAACAUCCUGCAGACAGGGAUCAGACAGACCUUUGGGACCCCAGGGACAGAGAGACAGUACCUAAACACAGUUAUCCCAUAUGAGAAAAAAGGGACUCUUCCUUCUGUGGAUGACUUGCAAAUGCUCACAAAAAUUCUUUAUGCCAUGAAGGAAGACAGUGAGAAGGUCCCAACUUUGCUGACUGAAUAUAUAUUAAAAGUUCUGUGUCCUACUUAAAGUUCAGUGCUUGAUCUGAUGUUGGCAAGACUCUGGAGAGGGCAGGCCUAUUCGUUCCACCUCUCUCUCUCACAGCCUUCAGGUCUCUAGCCCAGCUGCAUGAGCUCCCUUAUCCAUAAUCAGUGAGGGACCCUGAACAUCUAACUAACCAUCUCUUGCUUAUCUGAUGACCUUUGACCCCUUCUCAUCUCACUGCCCUUCCAAAAUUCAAGUAUCCACAAGGUUCAUAUCACAGCGCCUGGUGCUUUUCAUGUUUUCUACUAUUUAGGUCACAAUGGGCCAAAAGCCAUAUGGAACAUGCAAGGGUAAACUAUAAUCGGUUUAACUAUGAUCAGGUACUAUUUUUAUUUUAUUUUUUUUAAAGAUAAGAUCUUAACAUAAGGCAUUUUACAUAAUACUCGAUCAUUCACCAUCUUCUCAAGGCACAGAUGCAUUGAUUUGAGAGCACAUUUGAAAAUAAUCCAUCCAGAAUUUUAGCUUUUUGAUGUUUUAGUAUUGUGGCUUCAUUUUCAGCCAAGGUUGGAUGAAAAUACAGCAUGUUUUAGUGUUCUACACUAAUGCCGAGUUAUAGGGAUAAACCUUUUUCUUUUCUCUGUAACACUUUACAAUAAGCUUCUAUUCAUUAACCUUAUUUAAUGCAUUUAGCUGACAAUUAUUAUUAAUAUUAUUUAUUGUUGCAUUAAUGUUAACGCAUAGAAAUUUUAAUGCAUAUAAAGUAUUACAAUAUGUAGAAAUAAACAUUAAUAAACAAGAAUAAUAUAUGCUUUAAAAGUAUUGUUCAUUUUUAGUUCAUGUUAACUGUUGUGUUAACUAAUACUAAAGAAUUUAAACUUAUUGUAAAGUGUUACCCUCUUCUCAUUUUGGGUAACCUGAAAAUGUAAUUUUUCAGUUCUUUAUUAUGUAAUUUCUUUGACAAUGCAUCAUUUGUUUGAUUAAACCAUUUUUAAUUAACAUUAACUGUCAUUCAAGCCUUGUGCUUACAUCUUUAUUGUAUGCAUUUUUUAUUUACUUAAGGGACAUGGAGGAAUGUGAAGUAUUGCUGAGUUAUAGUUCCAAUAAAUGUCAAACAACCCUGUG